CCCCGCAAAUUUCGUCUUUUUCGAUCCUAAUCCGGUAAUCCCCCAAAUUCUCCUCACAAAACCCCAUUUCGUUGAUGGGCUAACCCUAACCCUAACCCUAGCGGGCGAUCGCAAUCGAAGCUCUCUCCCUCUUCUUCUUCUUCUUCUUCUUCAUCCUCCGAUUGUGUUCUCGUCGUCGUCGUCGAAUUCGCCGCAGCGGAGUUGGAUUAGGGUUUCGGCUUCUUCGAUCGGAGAGCAUCGACCAUGCCUUCGGUGCUCGGGCGAUUCCCUCCUCGCCGCCGCGCGGCCUCCGCGAUCGCCUCCCUCAGCUCCUCUUUUAACGUCGGUUCGUGUUCGCAUCGCCUGAAACAGUGGAAUCCCCGUUCCAAUCUUAGCUAACACUGGGCUUUCACGUUGGGGUGGGGUUUACCCUCUUCUUCGUUCGGAAGAUUCCCUCCUCUCUUCUUCUUCUUCUUCUUCUUCCUCGUCUCCUUGUUUGCUGCGACGUUCUGUGUGUUCUCGAUCCAAGGGAUUAGGGUUUGUUGGGGACAUUUCGUAUUGUUCUUUCCGCUCUUUGGAUCGGAGGAAUUGGAAUUCUUGGGUUGUUUGGGUUUCUGGUGGAGGUUUCAGCAUCGCUGGUUGGGAAAUUUCUUCAGAGUUCAUUUUUUUAUAUUAGCUCGUGGAUGGGCAGUUUGUCACUUUCCACAAAUACUUUUCCCGGAUAUGAUUCGGCUGUUGAAGAACUUGGAAUAACUCUUAGCCAAGUUGUUCAUGUAGGGGAUGAGGAUGAAUUCACAGGCAGUAACGUCAUAUCCAUUCUUCAUGAGAUAUCCGAUGAAGAUGAAACUGAGUUGCAGACUCUUUCUCUUAAUUCAGUUUUAUCUGAAGGCUCGAGUCUUUCUCUUAAUUCAGUUUUAUCUGAAGGCUCGAGUUAUUCUGCUACCGUGUUAUCUGAAGCUGUGCAAUCACAUUCUCUAGUUCAGAAUGAAAACAAGGUUUUGUUACCCAGCGAGAUAGUAGGCGCCAGAAGUCCUUCUCAUGAAACUGCUCGAAAGCUAGUUUCUGCGAUGAAAGGAAGUCGUGCAGAGCAGGGAAUCGUAUUAAUGUCAAAGUUGAGUGUGAAAUGGGCAGAGGAUGUGUAUGAUCCCCCUGUUACCGCCGAGUCUCACACCGUGAGGGGUCAUCAUCGCCAUCGCUCGAAGGCCAAUAAGAAGGAUUACAACAAGAACAAGCACUCCAAGGCCAAGUCCUCCUCUCGCAACAGCAGUGAUAGGAGGCAUGCUUAUCAUAGAAGCAGCAGCAAAAUAACUGAUCCGCAUUUGUUGAGAUUGCAAGAUUUUCGUGAAAAGUCAUCAACAUUAAAUAAGGCUGCGAUGUCGAUUGUGGAGGACGCGCCGGAAUGCGCAGCGAGGGCCCAGGAACUCAAGUGUGGCGGCAGCUUCAUGGGUCCGCUUUCUCCCAUGCAUUUACCACUAGCAGAGGCUUCUUGAGCAAGGGAAAACGAAACCCAAAAAAAACUAUAAAAUUGGGCAAAUUCUCUCUAAACCUCUGAAUACUAAACACCGGAAACUUUCCACGAUGCCUGAGCCGUAGUUCUAGUUCUCUGAUUUGUUUGUUGUGAAAUUUUCGUUCCUGUUUUCGAUUGGUUUUGCUCAGAAUUUUCCUUGAAUCGACUUGAAACUUGAUGCAUUCUGUAUUGCUUUUUGGACUCUAGUUAAUAAAGACUUAUAUGUAUUUAUUUGGUC